CUAUCGGAACCGAAGUCACUCAUUUCCUGUUCUUCGCGGGUAUUGACGUCAAGUGAGCGAUAUCAAGUUGACCAAGUCUUUCGACAUUUAGUUUUCUUUUAUAGUUAUCAGGAUGCAGAUCUGCAGCGUGUGCAGCGAGCACACACCAAAAUACAGAUGUCCAGCCUGCAAAAUAAGAUAUUGCUCCCUUGGCUGUUAUAAGCUACACAAAGUCGGAUUUAUUUUCUCCAUAGACACUUGCCUCCCUGUUGCUCAGCCUACACCCACUGAUCCUGAAGUGAGGGACACUGUGACCUCAGAGCCUUGGACGGUUGAUGAUCUUCUGCAUGAGGAGGACAUCAUUGACAAAGUGCCUCUGCAGAGACUCCAGGUGUUAGGUCAGUCUCAAGAGCUGCGAGAUCUCCUCUGCAACCCCCACCUGAGGCAGUUGCUACACUCUGUUGACAGCGCAGACAGCAAAGACGACGCUAUGAAGGCUGCAAUGCAGGAACCUCUGUUUGUUGAGUUUUCAGAUCGAUGCUUGAAAAUUGUAGAAAAUGAAGGAAAAUCAUCCACAUCAAAUGAUGCUGAUGAUUUCUAAAAUUGUGUGUGGAUUACUUAAGUGUCCAGUUCGUUGCCUUUUAUAUAAAAUUCAUGCCUUGUGAUGUUACCCUGUACAGUAUUCAACGUUUAAAUAAAAACACUUGCCAAGUCAA